GUGGAUAGUCGGAUCCACUGGUUGGUUGGGGUUGAUAAUUCAAGCAUCUAAAAUUCUUAUCGCCUUCGCAGCGCCUUAUCAAGUCUGCCCCUCCCUCUCGAACAUUCAAAUCCUGCCCUACGCCAGCCAAACCCUUCCCCACACAUACACCCGGACUCUUCACCACUUCACUAACACCGACACACCAGUUUCAGCCCGUGGCAGUGUUCUUCAAGGACUGUAGACCUCUCCAGCCCCGUGCGUGAGCCCCAGUGUCCAACCAUGCGGGACUCAUCCCCAUCCCCAGCCGAUGCAACCACGGGCAUCGACAACAGCGACAUGCCCGAUCGCAAAUGGACCACCAAGGCCUUCUUCAAACAGGCAGAGAAGUCGCACAGUCGACUGCCGGGGAUCCGCAAGAUCCCACUGCCUGCCAUUGGCAUUAUACUGUUUAUCGCGUUGAUCAACGUGGUAGUGUGGAUAGCCGCCGCGAUCGUCCUGAAAUACCACCCAUCCCUAGUCUCCAACGCCGUGCUCUCCUACACACUAGGACUACGCCAUGCGUUCGACGCAGACCACAUCUCAGCCAUCGACCUAAUGACCCGCCGCCUACUAGCAACAGGCCAGAAACCCGUAACAGUAGGAACGUUCUUCUCCCUCGGCCACUCCACCAUCGUAAUCAUCACCUCAAUCGUGGUAGCAGCAACCGCAGCCGCGAUCUCCUCGCGAUUCGACAGCUUCAGCACAAUCGGCGGGAUAAUCGGCACGUCAGUGAGCGCGGCAUUCCUGAUUCUCCUCGGGCUGAUGAACGCAUAUAUCCUGUACAAGCUGUACCGGCAGAUGCAGAAGGUACUGGAUCUGCCCGAGGGCCAGGAGGACGAGGUGUGGAAGAUCGAGGGCGGCGGGGUGUUGUUUAAUGUGUUGAAGCGGAUGUUCAAGUUGAUUGAUCGUCCAUGGAAAAUGUACCCCCUCGGCAUCCUCUUCGGCCUAGGCUUCGACACCUCCUCGGAGAUCGCACUACUGGGCAUCUCAUCGGUAGAAGCAGCAAAUGGGACGAAUUUCUGGGUGAUCUUGAUCUUUCCCGCGUUAUUCACCGCGGGAAUGUGCCUCCUCGACACAACAGACGGGGCCCUCAUGCUCUCGCUGUACGUCCAACCGUCCGCCAACUUCCUGCCGUCGAAAAGCGAUACCGCCUCCGACGCGCCGCUGAUGGGCGACUCCGAGAGCCAGGAAGAGGUGGCGCCCUCGCGCAACCACCGCGACCCCGUCGCCUUCCUGUACUACUCCAUCGUGCUGACCUGCCUGACGGUCAUCGUGGCCAUCGUCAUCGGCGUCAUCCAGGUGCUUACGCUUGUGUUGAACGUCGCCAACCCGACGGGACGGUUCUGGGAUGGCGUGCAGGUGGCCGGCGAUUACUACGAUGCUAUUGGCGGGGGGAUCUGUGGGUGUUUUCUGGUGAUUGGGGGGUUGAGUGUGCUGGUUUAUAAGCCUUGGAGGCGCUGGGUUGCCCGGCGGCAUGGGAGGAGUAUUGUGACUGUGGGGGAUGUGGAGAGGUAUCGGGAUGAGGAGCCUGCGGAGGGUGGGGGUGGGGAUAGUAAUGGGGGGAAGGGGGUUGCGAAGGGGGCUACGGCUUUGACGGUUGAGCCGGUUGAUGGACCUUCUCGUUGA